AUGGCACAGCAACAUCGGGAAAACAUGUGGUAAGUUGACUUUGGUUAUUUACAGCUAAGUAUUUAAGGCAAUCAUACAAGUAUUUUUUUUUUGUGUGUAUUUUCAGGAGAGAUCAAUUCAUGGCCGAUCUCGAGAAUGCGGAGGUUAAUCACCAGCUUUGUGCCGUUGCCACAGAUGAAAUGUUUGACUCUUGGUCCCCUGAAACUCAAGAGGAGAUUCUUGCGGAAUGGAACGAUUGGCAAGAAGAAUCGGAGAAGUCGGGGUUGUGUUGUAAUGAUUAUGGUCGCGUAUUUACGCUUCGGACAACCUCAACCGGCAUAUGAAGAUACACAGUGACAAAGACCACGAGUGUUCGCGUUGCCACAAAACGUUUAAUCGGAAGGUACGUAAUUUACAGGGAUAUAUUUCAAAACGUAGUAAAGUAUUUUGACUUAAUAAUAUCUAUUUAUAUGAUUUCAAGGAUGUUUUGAACCGGCAUAUGAAAACUCACAGUGACAAAGACCACGAGUGUUCGCGUUGCCAUAAAACAUUUAAUCGGAAGGUAUGUAAUUUACAGGGAUAUAUUUCGAAACGUAGUAAAGUAUUUUGAGCUAAUAAUAUCUACUUAUGUUAUUUCAAGGAUGUUUUGAACUGGCAUAUGAAAACUCACAGUGACAAAGACCACGAGCGUUUGCGUUGCCACAAAACGUUUAAUCGGAAGGUACGUAAUUUACAGGGAUAUAUUUCAAAACAUAGUAAAGUAUUUUAAGCUAAUAAUAUCUACUUAUAUUAUUUCAAGGAUGUUUUGAACUGCCAAUUCCAUGUACCUGAACCUCCACGGCAGCCACUUCAGUUAUAUUAAGAAUUUGGCUAUGUACUCCAAGUCCUACUGUUGUUCCAAGUGCGACAAAAUGUGGAAAACGGCCAAAGCCUUAAACCAGCACGAGCGGACCUGCGAAGCAACUAUACGUCACAUCUUCCCUGGUGGUGCUUAUAAAGUUGCACAAACAAUCUUCGAUUUGUUGGUCGACGAAGGCAUUGACAUUCCUGAAGACCUCAAGUACUUCCCUUACCUUGCCACCUUUGACUUUGAAUGCUACUUCAAACGUGAAACCGAACAUCUAAGAAAUACAGCAAAGUUAACGUGGGAAGCCGACCAUAUCCCGUUGAGUCUCUCUGUGUGUUCAAACGUCCCUGGUUAUGAUCAACCCAAAUCUUUCGUUUCCUCUGGUAAUACCAAUGAUAUGAUUCAAGAGAGCUACGUCUUGUUGUUGGAUCGUUCUCCAAUGUAUUUGAUCAAAUCAACGAGGGAGUAGCGAAUAGUGAGGUAUGUUUAACCUACUAGACCGAUUUUAAAAUAAUAUUUGUACUUAUUAUUUUUCCUAUGUUUUAGGUGGUGAGCGAAGUGCCUCGAUCAAGUGAAGAUGAGAUGGAAGAAAUGGUGGAAUGUAUACUCGGACUGAAUGAGGUAAGGCGUAUAUAUUUACCCUCAAGAUCUUGUACUAUUUGUACUAACUCUUUCUUUUUUUCAGAUGAGCGAAGAUGAAGAGGAUGAUAGCUUGGCAAACGAGGACGAAUCGAAUGAGGUAAUUUUGACUGAUGUCUCACCUUUUAAAAUCAUAGUUUACUUAUAACUUUAUAUUUUAGGUAAAUGAAGAUGAAAAGGUUCAUCCGCUGGAAAAGUUGCAGGACAAGUUGUCAGAAUACUUGCAAGAACGACCCGUCCUUGGCUUCAACUCUGGCAAGUAUGAUAUUUAUGCUUCUAAAGUGUCGUUCAUAUCUUACCUGGUGAAACACGAGCAAGUUAAAUUUGUGAUAAAGAGAAACAAUAAUCAUAUGUGUCUUAAGACCCCACAUUUAAAGUUUCUCGAUAGCACAAACUACUUAGCUCCUGGAUUCUCCUACGAACAAUUACUCAAAGCGUACGAGUGCUCCCAGACCAAAGGUUAUUUCCCGUACGAGUGGGUCGACUCCGUCGAGAAAUUGAACUCGCCUACUUUACCACCUCCCGAAGCGUUCCAUUCAACGCUAUCAAACACAGAUAUUACAAUUGAACAAUACGAGUAUUACCGGAAUGUAUGGGACGCAAACAAUAUGACAUCGUUUCGCGAUUUCCUUGUGUGGUAUAACAAUCUCGAUGUUGUACCCUUUCUCGAAGCGAUUGAAAAAAUGAGCGAGUUUUGGAAGGAGAGAAGUAUCGAUAUGUUUAAGGACGGUGUGAGUGUGCCUGGUUUGACCAUGAAGUAUUUAUUUUCUAACGUAGCGGGCUCUUACUUCUCACUCUUCUCGGAGAAGGAUAAUAAAGAUUUAUAUUAUUCAAUGAAAGAUAACAAUGUCGGUGGUCCUAGUAUAAUCUUUAACAGGUGA